AUGGCGCCUGCUGGGAAAGUUACUGCCGUUCAUAAAGAAGGCAAUGAAUGGUUCUGCAAGUCUGGGUUGCCCAGCGAUAUAACUGUUACAGUAGAUGGAGUUAAGUUCCAUCUUCACAAGUUUCCACUAGUAUCGAAAUGUGGGAAGAUAUCUAAAAUCUGCGAGGAAUGCCCCGAGAAGAAGACAUUGACCACAGAACUCGAACAGUUCCCUGGAAGUUCUGAUGCUUUCUUGAUCGCUGCUAAAUUUUGCUAUGGCAUGCGAGUGGAAUUGACACCACGAAACAUAGUAAUGAUCUACUGUGCAGCCGACUACCUGGAAAUGACAGACGAGUUUGGAGAAGGCAACUUACUGUCAAAAUCAGAGACUUUUCUGCACAAGAACGUACUUCAGAACUGGAAAGACUGUAUAUUGGCUCUCCAAAAUUGCAAUCCAGUUUUGCCAAAUGCUGAGAAACUUGGGAUCAUAACCAAAUGUCUCAACGCUGUAUCUCUGAUGGUUUCAACGGACCCUAGCUUGUUCGGAUGGCCCAUGAUGAUGUACGGCACCUUGCAGAGCCCAGGUGGCAGCAUCUUGUGGAAUGGAAUAAACACUGGAGCAAAGAUCAGGAGCAAUGAAUCAGACUGGUGGUUUGAAGAUAUUUCAUAUCUAAAUGUGUCUAUGUUCGAGAGACUUAUCAAGGUGAUGGGGAAUCGAGGUAUAAGGCCCGAGAAUCUCGCUGGUGCAAUAAUGUAUUAUGCCAAGAAGUACCUACCAGGUUUAGGCCGAUGGCAGAGUGGACAAAGUAGUAGUAAAACUAGAACGGUUGCUAGUCUUAGCUUGACUCCUGCUGCUGUUGACCAACAAGCGUUACUAGAGACGAUUGAAAAGCUUCUUCCAGAAAAGAAGGAGAAAUCGUUUUGCAGGUUUUUGCUUGGACUGCUUCGUGUUGGACUGAUAGUAGGUGUGAGCCCGAGAUGCAAGGAGUCUCUCGAGAGGAGAAUAGGGCUGCAGUUGGAGUUGGCUUCUCUGGAGGGUCUUCUUUUUCCGAAUUAUUCAGACUCUGAUACUCUCUAUAAUACUGAUUGCGUAGACCGUGUUCUUCAUCACUUCAUGUCUUCAGAAUCAGGGAUACCGUCAUUCUCUCCAGUAUCCAUGGACUUGGCGAAAACAUCACCUUCAUUAGAGCCAUUGCGGAAAGUUGGUAAAUUGAUGGAUGAUUAUCUUGCGGAAGUUGCUUCUGAUGUGAAUCUGAAACCUGGAAAAAUUCGUUCUCUUGCUGAAGCUCUUCCAGAAUCCUCUAGACCAUUCCAUGAUGGGUUGUACCGAGCAUUAGACAUAUAUUUCAAGGCACACCCCUGGCUAUCUGAGAGAGAAAAGGAGGAGCUCUGCAACAUCAUCGACUACCAGAAACUCUCGAUCGAUGCAUGUGCUCAUGCUUCCCAGAACGAACGGUUGCCACUUAGGACAGUUCUUCAAGUGCUCUACUUUGAGCAGAUGCAGUUGAGAACAGCUCUUGCUGGAUGUCUCCAUGUCUUUGAUACAGAACCUGGGCCAGCACCAGCAGUGCCUUUGCCGGGCCAGAUUGUACCGAGAGAUGGGUGGGUGACCGUGGUGAGAGAGAACCAAGUCCUGAAAGGAGACAUGGAAAACAUGAGGUCUAGAGUUGGGGAACUUGAGGAAGAGUUCAGCAGAAUAAAGCAAGAAAUGAGGAAGGUGACAAAAUCCCACAGCUCUCUCAGCUCUCCUCGGUUGGUUGCCAGGAGAAUCGGAUGCAAGCUACUCCCUCGAUCUUCAGAUGCACAGCCUCUUUGUGGUAAUAGCAGUGGACGACACACUCCCAGAGCAUCCGUCGAGCAGCAGCAGCAGCAGCCACCACAAUCAUCCCGAGGUUCAAGACACAGGAAGAGCUUCUCCUUGGUCUGA